UCCAAGUGUUCAUUGUAAUUUGAAAAUUUUACUUUUAAAAAAUUGAAUCGCCUACGGUUUAUUAAGUUUUCUGUUUUUUUGCUUUGUUAAUCUUUAAUCGUGUCUAGUUUCUACUAUACGACAAACACAACUGUUCAACAUGUUUCCAAAGUACUCUCCACAUACCAUACCAAUCAAAACUUUGAGCAUUAUGUAUGAACAUUUUCGAAUCUUGUACGGGUUCUUCCAAGAGCAAACCUUAUGCGAUGUCACGCUGAUAUGUGAUGAUGGCGUUCAAAUUUUAGCUCAUAAAGCAAUUUUAGCAUCUGCAAGCCCUAUGCUGUUAGCAAUGUUCAAUGGUGGCUUUAAGGAGACUAAAGAAAUUAGUAUGCCUAUUAAAGAUAUUGAGUCUGGUAUAUUGACGUCAAUUGUAACUUGUGCAUAUACAUUUCAGAUGGAUAUCCAGGAAAAUAAUAUAAAAAAACUAUUGAGAGCUUCUGAAUACUUUCAAUUUAACUAUGCUAAGGAUUUAUGUUACGAUUAUGUUAAAAAAAACAUAAACGUCAAUAAUUGUAUUAAUUUUAUGAGCUUUUCUGAACCUACAUCACAAAAAGGGCUAUACACUUAUUGUUUCUUGUAUUGUUUAGAACAUUUUAAAACAAUUCUGGAAAAUGAAUCGCAGGUAAUAGAAUUAUGUGAAUUAAAUUUUGAAGAUAUUACUAAGCUCAUAUCAAAUGAUCAUUUGGUGGUUGAAUUUGAAGAAAAGAUAAUUGAUUUCAUUUUUGAAUGGAUAAAAUAUGAUUUAGAGGAACGAAGUAAAUAUUUAUCAAAUUUACUUAAUUAUUUGAGGUUACCUUUAAUUUCGAAAAAAGCAAUACUACGAAUAUGUGAUGAACCAUUGAUGAGAAGCCAACUUGACUGUUCGUUGGAUAUCAUGAAAAAUUAUUUAUCUGUCGAUGUUGAUGAAAACAUUACAAAAGCAACAAUGAGGACACCUCAUUUGUAUAAUCCAAAUGUCAAUCCAAUUGUGAUGAUUCUUAUGUAAUGUUUAUGGAUCUGAGGCGGGAAAAUGAUCUUAAUUGGAAAUCAUGUGAUUAUUCAUUUUUUUGUCCACCC